AUACAACCACGACAGCCACACGGUAAACCUGGACGCUUCCCAACUUCCUGGAGCUUGGGACCACCGAAUGCCACGGCUGCCCGUUUCAGCCCUCAGGCGCGCGCACAGAAUAUCGCCACAACUUGCCGCACUGCUCCCCGUGUGCCGUGAUCUAAGUUCCGCCCGUAGCGAGCUUCGAUGGAUUCGUGAGCACGUCAUCGCCACGCAGCACAACUCGAGGGGCCGGGAUGCGCAAGAGCUUGCAGUAGCCCGGCUGUGCAGCCAGCGCGGUCGGGGUGUUCCUCUCCAGUACUUGCUUGGCUCGCAGCCGUUCGGCCCUUUAAAUAUUCAGUGCCGCCCAGGCGUUUUGAUUCCUCGACCUGAGACCGAGGCCUGGGUCUAUCAUUUAGCUCGAUUGCUCAACGAGCCUGCAACUGCUCCAACCUUGAACCAGAGUUCCCAAGCAGUCAACGUUGUCGACUUUUGCACAGGGACAGGAUGCAUACCCCUGCUCCUUACCUCAUUGCUGCAACACACCUACGACAAUAUCAAAACUUAUGGUUUCGACAUUAGUACACAGGCUGUCGCUUUAGCCAAUCACAAUCUUCAUUUGAAUCGAAACCAGCUGAAGGAUUCUACCAAGUCCAUUCGCUUUGUACAACACGACAUCUUUUCGGGAGGCUGGCAGCAGCACCUGAACCAAGAACGCCAUGGAGAGGUGCAGAUUGACAUCCUCUUGUCAAAUCCGCCAUACAUAUCGACCAAAGGGUUCAAAGAAGAUACAGAAAGAUCUGUUCGCAAGUUUGAGCCGAAGCUUGCUCUGGUUCCAGACACAAAUUUAAGCUCACUCUUUCCGCUAGUAGUGGCCGAAGACAUCUUCUACGCCAGACUGCUGCAAAUUGCCCGCCAGGCGCGUCCGAAACUGGCACUAUUCGAGGUCGGAGAUCUCAAACAAGCGACCAGAGUUGUCGAGAUGGCUAUCGCUAGUCAAGACUGGGACCACCUCGAGGUCUGGCGAGACUGGCCAGAGAUGGUGCCAGGCCCUGGUGAGAUUGAUGGCUUGAAUGUGAACGGGGUCCAGAUACCCGUGAGGGGUAGCGGCAACGGCAGAUCUGUGUUAUUGAGAAAGAAUCUUUUAUAAUUAGAGAAUAGGUAAUUCCUCCACCCUAUCUUGCGGGUCAUGAACAUCGGCAGUUGGAUAAGAAGAUGACAGUAUCAAAAGCGAUGACGGAC